GAGCGGCGCGGGGCUGGCGGGCUGACCGCGGUCAUGCAGCCUUGACGGGGCGCUCCGGCGCACGGGGACCAGCCGCACCGCGCGCCCUCCCGGGAAGGGGCCGCGGGCCCUGGGAGCAAGACUUGCCGCCGACCUAGCCCAGCGGGGAGCACAGCCACCUACCAUGGAACCGGUGACCAAGUGGAGCCCCAAGCAGGUGGUGGAGUGGACUAGAGGGUUAGAUGAUUGCCUACAGCAGUAUGUCCACAAAUUUGAACGAGAGAAGAUAAAUGGAGAACAGCUGCUGAAGAUUUCGCAUCAGGAUCUUGAGGAGCUGGGGGUCACGCGAAUUGGACACCAGGAACUUGUGUUGGAGGCUGUCGACCUUCUCUGUGCACUGAAUUAUGGCCUGGAAACCGAUAAUAUGAAGAACUUAGUUCUGAAACUGCGGGCAUCUUCCCACAACUUACAAAAUUACAUUAGUAGCCGGCGGAAAAGUCCGGCUUAUGAUGGAAACACUUCCCAUAAGCCCCCCAAUGAGUUCCUGACUUCCGUGGUGGAGCUAAUAGGUGCGGCCAAGGCCUUAUUAGCUUGGCUGGACAGGGCUCCAUUUACGGGGAUCACUGAUUUCUCAGUAACGAAGAACAAAAUCAUCCAGCUUUGCCUGGACCUGACCACUACAGUCCAGAAGGAUUGCCUUGUAGCAGAAAUGGAAGAUAAAGUUUUAGCUGUAGUCAAGGUUUUAAAUGGCAUCUGUGACAAAACAAUACGCUCUACUACGGACCCUGUUAUGAGCCAGUGUGCGUGUCUGGAGGAAGUUCACUUGCCAAAUGUUAAACCGGGAGAAGGCCUGGGCAUGUACAUCAAAUCAACCUAUGAUGGAUUGCACGUGAUUACUGGAACCACGGAAAACUCUCCUGCAGACAGAUCUCAGAAGAUUCAUGCUGGUGAUGAAGUCAUUCAGGUUAAUCAGCAGACUGUGGUGGGAUGGCAGCUAAAAAAUCUGGUGAGAAAAUUGAGAGAGAACCCCACAGGAGUCGUAUUGCUGCUUAAGAAGCGCCCCACGGGUUCUUUUAACUUUACUCCUGCUCCCCUGAAAAAUCUACGGUGGAGACCACCUCUGGUACAGACCUCACCUCCGCCCACGACAACCCAGUCCCCUGAAAGCACUAUGGAUACCUCGCUGAAGAAGGAGAAGCCAGCUAUCCUGCAUCUUUAUAUCCCUCCUCCACCAGCUGUUCCCUACUCUCCCCGGGAUGAGAAUGAGAGUUUUCUUUAUGGAGGAUUCAGUAAGUGUAAACAACCCGUGCCUGGUCCUAAGGGCUCCGAGUCCCCAAAUUCCUUCUUGGACCAGGAAAGCCGAAGACGGAGAUUCACCAUUGCUGAUUCUGAUCAGUUGCCUGGGUAUUCGGUGGAAACCAAUAUUCUGCCCACAAAAAUGAGAGAGAAAACACCAUCUUAUGGCAAGCCCCGGCCUUUGUCCAUGCCUGCGGAUGGGAGCUGGAUGGGGAUCGUGGACCCUUUCGCCAGACCGCGAGGUCAUGGGAGGAAGGGUGAGGACGCCCUCUGCCGGUAUUUCAGUAAUGAGCGGAUCCCCCCCAUCAUCGAAGAAAGCUCCUCAGCCCCAUACCGGUUCUCAAGGCCCCCAGCGGAGAGGCAGCUGGUCCGGGGCGCAGACUUUGUCCGGGGCAGCAGGUGCUACAUCAGUUCGGAUCUCCACAGCAGCGCCACCAUCCCGUUCCAGGAGGAGGGGACCAGAAAGAAGCCGGCCUCCUCCUCAGCGGCCAAGGCCUCUACAGAACCGUCCCUGCUGGUCAGCUGGUUGACUCGCCUCAAACUGUUGACUCACUGAGCCCCGCCCUGCCCAGACUCUUCCCUGUCUCCCGCUCCCAAGUGCCUUGUCUCCUCAGUUGACAACCUGUUCUGGUCUUCAUCCACAGUGUUAUGUUGUGACCUUAUGCGAUGUCAUUGUGUGUUUUCCUUUGGAAGUUGUAUACACCCUUCUUGCAAUUUUGAAUUGGAUGAGAACAAAACCAGAGGAUCUCACGUGUUGGCAGGAGGAGAGAAGUGAAUAGAGUCUGCUUUUCUUGCUUUCUUAGGGUUGGAUGACGGAGACACACUCUGUGAACUGGGGCCUUGGCCAGGAACGUGGUGGCCAUUACAAGGAACUGGGCCAUUGUUCGUUUCGGGAGCGGGGCUGAAACUGGUGGCCAUUGUCACAGAUGCGUUGGUUUGUGGUCCAGCCUCUUCACCUGAAAGAGCCAGUGGAGAAAACAUUUUUGUUUUGAUUUUUCAAGCUACAUCCCGUAUUUGUAAGUGUAGCAGCUUUGACUUUGAAAUAACAUGUGGCAUGCAUUUCAUGCUGUUUCAAAGAAGUGGUUGAAGUAAGUGUAGGCCUGUUACACUUGGUUAUUCCCUUUUCCUAACAACCUCGGUAUGUAGGUCAGUUAAUAGAGAAACACAUGAACACAUUUAGAUAGGGCUUAUUACACACAAAGAAGUUUAUGGUUAUUUGUGAGGGGUGUCGCAUUGUUAUUAUAUAUUAUUGUCUUUAAGGGAAAAGAAGCUAUAAGAUUUGCUGACAGCCAAAGUAUCAUUCAGAAAGAUGAAACAACAAUAUUUAGGUUUAUGAGAGAUACAUCAGUUUGCAUUUUGACUGUAUAACAUCUGUCUUCCAGAAGAAAAAAAACCAGGCAGUUCUUCAAAAUUGUACAUAUUUUGCUAAAUAGAAAUCUCUUGGACAGUCUCAUGGUCACUAAUUUUCAACUAGCAUCAGGUAUUUUGGAAAAGUGUGUCUGGAUAUUAACUCUUGUUUAAACUGAAUGUAUGAUAUUUUGUUAGAACAGAAAAGUACUAUCUUGUUAAUUUAAGUGUUUUAAAUAUAGUUGUAUAUUUUUCUUACUCUUAGUCACACGUAAUUGAAAUAUUUGUUUUGCGUCAGACGUGAAGCGAAUGAAGGCAAGGGUUCAGGGUAUAUUCUGAUUGACAAGUGACCACCACUGGCGUUGCCAUGGUGGGCGCUAUUGUUAAAAAACAAAAUAAACCCACGCAUUUUGGGAUUUUAGGAAUCAGAAAUGGGGAUGUUGAGAAAGCACGGCAAGGUAACAUUACAUCUGAGGUAUCUUCCUAGACAGAACUGAUACCCCCUGCUCAAAAACAUGCCCCCCCACCCCCCUGGAAUUGUUUACUUUGUUCAAGUGCCUGAAAUUCAAUGAAUUGGAGCUUCCCCAGAGGAGUUAGUAAACAUCUUCCUUUUUAAGUACCUCUGGUGAGACCAAGGGGAUGAAGUCAGUCAGGCUCUUCCUGUCAGCCUCUGAGGGAGCUACAGCUGAAGGGUAGAAGAGACGGGGGUUGUGUGAUUCAUGAGUGCUUUAACCACAAUGUAAGGGCAGAGCAUGGGGUGGGGAGGUCUGGUGAUAGGGCCCUGAAGACUAGCAUGGAAGCUAUGGAAAAGGAGGGGCACCAGCCCUGGCCCAUUUUACUGUUAGCUUGAGCUGGCUUUAUGCCCAGAAAAGGAGAUGGCAACACUUCCUCUCACUCCCUGGAUUUGGGAGGAUUCUUAGUGCUCCAUCUAGUUCAGCUGAGUAAUGAGUUAAGUAGCUUUGGAGGUCUUAGCUGGAGGUUGGCUCCUUUUCUGUGGAGAAAAUACCACUCGUGAUCAGAUGACCAUCCUCAAAAUGCAUUUUUAGGAGUCAGUCUUAACUACAGGCAGUGCCCAACUUAAAUGACUGCACCAGGUAGGUGUUUCUGUGACCUUGUUCUCUCAAGCUCUAAAAGGAGACCAGAGAAGUUUCUGGGUCCUCUGCCUUCAUUGGUCAGACGCCACAGCUUCAUCUGUAUUUUUAUGUGGGGUUUCCUCCUGAAUUGUGUUUGAGAAAUAGAUCACUGCUAAAAAAAAUGUUUGCAUACAUCUCUACUUGUGAGAUAUAUAAACAAUAGUUUAAUACUGAUUUCUUAGCAAUUAAUGAAAACGACUUGCCUCCAUAGUAAUCCAGAUUUAAUGGCGGGCGUGUGGAAUGACACUUUGACAUAUAAAACUUUAAAAUUAGUGAUUUUUUUUCUUUAACCCUACCAGACCCAACUCAACACCCACCCCUUUUUAUAAUAAAUAUUUUACAACACAGCUACAAUUAUCAAUGAAAAAUUAUGGAUGAUAAAACCCAUCCUCACACAUAAAAGCCUCAUCCACAUUUACUUUUACUAUUCCAAAAUGAAAUUCGUAGGUAGUGUAACCAGCCUCUAUAGACACACAUCAAUUUAAUGUCCUAAAUGAAAUAUAAACAAAUGCAGAAAUAUUUUAUAGUGAAAUAAUCAUUUUCCUAUGUAAGUGUUCUAGCAUGGUUGUAUUACAAGGGGUGUUGAAAUAAUGAAACAAGGCACAUAUAUACUUGAACCUAUAGAUAAAAUCACCAUGAAUGUGGCAGCUACAAAUGGAGUACAGGUGUGCUCUGUUGGCAACUCAAUGCCAAGAACAGAUCAAUGUCAGUAAUACGAUUUUCUAAAAUGUGGCCAAUUGUUGGUAAAGCUGUAGAUAAAAGUCUAUGAGAGUGGGCAACCCUGUCAGGACCUUUCUCACUUCUGAGAGCUUUCUCUGUAUCUUUGCUUAAUAAAUUUCUAUCCCUUUACUCACUAAAAAAAAAAAAAAAAAAAAAAAAAA